UCUCCCCUGCGAAGUUAAACUUUGAUCAACUACUCGACUUCUAAGCACUCUUUUCUCUCCCCUUCCAUUUUUUUCAGGGGGAGUUGGCAAGCAGACAGUGCGUGUUUUUCACUUCCAGCUUCCCCCAUUCUCUCUUUGCAAGCUUGGAAAAAGAAAUGAACGGAUGGUGUGUUUGGGGUGUUUUUCUGACAUGAAACCUUCCUAAAAGAACAUCUUACAGACAAGUGCAUUUGCUUCUUGGACUCUGGGGAAAGGGAGAAGGAUGUGUUUUGCAGCUAGAGAAAAACGUUGCGAAGAGAUGGCAGGAAGAAGUCAAACAUGGAAAUUUACCCAAGAGAAAGCUCUCAGUUUGGACAGCAAUGUCAGCUGCGGCUGGGGUGGAUUCUGAAACUGCCUCGGAGGAGGUUAGACCAAGCAACAGCACUUGAGAACACAUGUUAAGAAAAGCAAGAUCAGACGCUCGGUCUUGGAAAUGAAACAUCAGAGUUUGCUGAACUCAAUCUGAGAAAAAGUUCUGAUUUGAGGAGCAAGAUGUUUCUGACUGCUCUCAAGGAACCCAAAUAUCUAGCUGUCGGGCAGGGUAGCAAUAACCAGAAACGCUGGUAACCAGCAGAGAAGACACGAGCGUCCAAGUCACUAUGUGGAGCUGUGAAGCUGUGAAUGGAACCAAAAGCGUAGAGGGCCAGCAUCUCUGCCAUGACUUCCAUCUCGUGCUUUCCAUUUUCUCCCUGCUCUACCUCAUUGUUUGUCUCCCGAUAGGCCUCUGCUACAAUGCCCUCCUGGUCCUCGUCAACCUAUACAACAAAGCAACAAUGACCAUGCCAGAUGUUUACUUCGUCAACAUUGCAAUCGCAGGCCUCAUCAUCAAUGUCAUUGCGCCAAUGUACCUUCUUGGGCCUGCCAGUGCAAAAUGGGCAAUCUUGAGCUUCAACAAUGAAGUUUAUAUCACAUUGUUGAUCUUAUUCAAUGUGUCAUCCCUGGUGAUUAUGUACUCUACCACCCUGCUCAGCUUGGACUACUACAUAGAACGUGCUUUGCCCAGAACGUACAUGUCCAGCGUGUACAACACAAAGCACGUGUGUGGAUUUAUCUGGGGUGGAGCCAUGCUGACCAGUUUUUCAUCUCUCCUGUUCUAUGUUUGCAAUCAUGUCUCCACUAAAAUCAUAGAGUGCUCCAAAAUGCAGAAUAAGGAAGCGGCAGAUGCCAUCAUGGUUUUUAUUGGCUACGUCGUGCCUGCCAUUGCUGUACUGUAUGCGCUUGUGUUGAUUUCGCGGAUACGGAAGGAGGCAACACCACUGGAUCAAGACACUGGACGACUAGAUCCAUCUGUGCAUAGGCUUUUGAUUGCUACGGUCUGUACACAGUUCACCCUGUGGACACCUUAUUAUGUAACUCUUCUCGUAAGCACAUUAACUAGCAUGCAAGGAAAGGCUCCAGAUGAAAAUUACAUCCGAAUACUACAUUUUACCAAGGGGCUGUCCAAAUUCUUGGCUUUCUCAAGCAGCUUUGUGAUGCCUCUGCUUUACCGAUAUGUCAACAAAAACUUCCCAAACAAACUGCGAAGGCUGCUUAAAAAACUGCACUGCGGAAAUCAAGGGUGCUCCCACGAACGCACAGUGGUUCAGCAAGUUAUAACGUAGGUAUAAAUGAACACUAGUGGGCCCGUCCCAAGUCUGUGAAGCAUCAUGUCUCCAAGAUGGUCUUAUAAGAAGGUCAUCUCGCAAAGAAACUGAAAAGGGGAUUAACACUGUAAAGUCUGCAUGAUUUAACCUACACAGAGAGAAAAGACGUCUGGAGAACUUUAUUGACAUAUUAUGACCCUUCGGGUAUCUAAAGAUUUCCAGUGCACUGAUUCAGUUACACAGUCUGAACUUUGUUGUAGUUAUCCUACCUGGAGAAAAAGAAAAUCACUAGAGGGCCAACUGGAGCUUUGACUGAACACCCAGCACUUUGUAAUCUUGCAGAGUUAAAAAGAGGUAUUUUUUAGGUUCCAUGUAAAUUUUACAAAGUAGUAUUAUUUCAAUAUGAGGAAGACAGACACUUUUUAACUAAUAAUCUCCAUUCAUGAUUACAGUGUUCAAAUGGUAUAACUCUCUAAACAACAAAGAAUAGAAGAUGAAAUUAUUUUAGGAUCUAAUGUUUAUUCUUUCCUGAAUUCUCCUGACUCCUGAACUAACAGAAAUCUUUAUUUGCCAUUCUAAAACAAAUUGAUUGAUUACUCAUGAUUACCUAGCUAUGGCAAAGAACCAAAAAAACCCCAUCUACCUUUUUUUUCUUAUUUUGCACCACAACAAUAUUUCAGAGAGCCCGAAGCAGCCUCUUUAAAAAUAAGAAAAAUUCAAAUAUUGGCUUUGCCUAGUGAAAUGAAGGACAGAGGUGUCAACAAAUUUAAGGGGAAUGUUUAGCACAUGAAGUGCCACAUUAUUUUAAUGAAUAUGUAUGCCUGUGAUUAGCAUUCUUGAAAUACUGCCUCUACCCUGGAAAUGGGGCAACUGUAAAGGUUUACAAACAGUGCAAGUUCAUGAUCUAGUUAUUGAUUGGCAGGAGACAUGGAGUCUAGGCAAAUAAGGUUGGAAAAGUCACUAGUUUGUGGGAAACAAAAACCCACAUUGGACCUUGUCAAGGAACAACAACGAAUGAUGUGUUUUGAAUUCUGGGGCAGGUUUCUGUUUGUUUCUGGAAGGGGUAGCCAGGCUAGUCUGUGGCAGGCAAAACAACAAAGAGUACCAGGGAACUUUAAAGACUGAUCAUGGCCUCAGCUUUCAUAAGCCAGAUGCAUCUGACAAAGUGAGCUCUGGCACAUGCCCCAGGAUUCCUUUUGUACUGCUUUGACCCAGGCAUUGUGCCCCUUUGAUCAUCAUUUGUUUAGCUAGAAGAGCUAGCCAGAACAAAGAGUAGGCAUAGGGUGCUCUGCACACACACAGGAAGAGCCGUGGUCCAGUGGUAGAGCAUCUCCUUGGCAGGCAGAAGGUCCAAGGUUCAAUCCCAGUUAAAAUCGACCAGAUAGCAGGGAAUGUGGAAGACCCACAGAGACUCUGGAGAGUCACUGCCAAUCAGAGUGGACAAGACUGCCCUUGACGGACCAAGGUUCUGAUUCAGUAUCGGGUAGCUUUGUCUGUUCGUUGUUUUAUGUGGCGGAGCCUCUGCUUGGCAUGCAGAAGGUCCCAGGUUCAAUCCACGGCAUUUUCAUUUAAGAAGAUCAGGUAGGAGGUGAUAUGAAAGAUCUCCACCUGAGAGCCGCAGCCACUCUAAAUAGCCAAGACUGACCUUGGCAGACAAGUGGUCUAAGUCAAUAAAAUAUUGCUUGAUGUAUCCACGUGCCCUUUUUGGCAGACCACAACAAAACCCUGUCUUGAAGGUUGGAAGACCCUCUGGAGCGCCUAUGAAAUACAACUCAAUUAGUUGCAGGUCAAAGGGGCAAAAUGGCAACCCACUGGGUUUGCGUGAAUGCCCUGUUGGCAUGUGCGAGGGCUUUCUGAAUCACAGCUGCUGCUGGCAAACUCUGUCUUUGCUAUCCACGCACACAUGAAGUAUUCAGGAACUAGAGAGUCUGGUUAGUAACGUACUUCCUGUGCCUUCAGUAUUUUAUACAGUUGCACUGUUUCCUGUGAGACUCCCAUUUCCAGAUUUGUAACUUUCUGAAUGCCAUUCUAAAGAGAGCCUUCCUAAGCCUACUAACUUCAGUGGAACUCAGAAGGAUGUGUCUUUACGCAGGAUGGCGCCACUGGGUUUCUCAGCAGCAUCCUGAGUAGCCUUUUUGAUUGUUACAGUAAUUUAUUGAAUGCAUAAUUUAAUUGUAAGUAUUUUUUCUUUCAGCCCUUUGAUUUACAUAAUUUAAUUGCUAUGUUGAAGUUUUUUCUUCCUUAUGAAGGAUCAUCCAGCUAGAUCCAAUCCACCUGAUAAACUGCUCUAUGGUUUCAAGACAUACGUCUUUUUCAGAAAUCAGAAAUAUUUUCCCCCUACUGCAUCCCAAAUCUCAGUGUUACUUUACAUCUCUUGACAGUUUUCUUCAUGCUCCGCAAAGUUCUCUGCUCAAAACAGAUUUCCCAAAAAAGAGUUUCCCGCAGCAUGAGUGUAACCGACUGUACAAUGUCAUUUCCCCUUUAAAAUGUGCUUCCCGCUUGAUUUGCAAUGCUGAAGUUGAUUUAAUUCAUUUGCUGAGUAUGAGAUUUUUGUUAUGCUUAGAAUAACUCCAUCCCUGGCUGGAGCAUUGUCUGCAAAAAGGGCAGCAGGGGCCCUCCAUCAGGGACUCUAGGCCUUGAACCCCCCUCAGAAACUGAAGCUGGGAUUUCUAAUUAGUAAUAACUAAGCGCUGUCAAAUUGCAGCCAACUUACUGACCCCUCAAGUGGUUUUCAAAGGCAAGAGGUAAGCAGAGGUUAUUUGCCACUGCCUCCCUUCCUUUUGCAUACCAUACCCCCAUCCCCCAAUUUGUAACCUAAAGUAUCAUCCUAAACAAGAUGGCAGUGUAAGCCUAUCGCAUAGGCUUCCUUGGUGGUCUCUCAUCCAAGUACCAACCCUGCUUCGCUUCCCAGCUCCGACACAUUCAGGCUAGUCUGGACUAUUUGGGCUGCCAGGGAUUUAUAGUGCCAUCCUCAACGGAGUUACACCUUUCUACGUCCAUUGUAGUCAACAGGCUCAGAAGGGUGCAACUCUGCUGUGGAUUGCAUUUUACCACCUGGGAAACUGCAGGCACUCGGGCCUCUCUUGAGGUGCAGAAUGGAACAGCGUGUGCAACGUUAACCCCCCACAACUGACAAACAAGACUGGCCAAGUUUGGUAUGAAUGCCAACAGCCUGGCCUUCGACCCUCAGCUGGUCACCAGAGCAGGGAUUUUCAGCCCAUCGCAAUUCAGAAUCCAGCUCAGACCCCAGUAAUGAAAAGCAGAACUGCAGAACCCCUUUGUAUCCAGGCUUGAUUUGCCUUCACUGGCUUGUAGCCUCCAUCUGGCCAUGAUACACAUUUCUCUGAGCAGAGGAGCAUGGUAGCUUUGUAAACUUCACACCUUACUUUGCUAGCAUAUAUGAGCAUGCAGGAAGUCCAAGGUUCGUUGUUCUUUUCUCCUGCUCCUGAUACACGGUGCCAUUUGCCAAAGCAACACUGGAAAAAUUUUGAACAGUUCUUAGGGCUGAAAGGCUCACUGAAAUAAUGGGCUAACAGAGCACCAUGGACUCAGAAAUAUCGUCAGAUCUACUCAGGUGAUGUUUAUCCACUUUCCUUUGCAAGCUGAUAUCACUGAAAUUAUAUACUCAAGGUGGCGAAGGUGUGAUACCUGAGUGGCGCUUCAAGCCCUGAAAAAAUGAAGCCCUGAAUGCCGCCCAGUAAUGCAGUAAUUCUCAUGUUGCCUUACCCUUUCUUACCAAAUAGAAACUUGGACUCUUGGCAGGGAAAAAUUUAGCUCAAUGUUUCCGUUUUUGGUUAAUGCGUCAAGUGUUUCUUUUUUUAAAAAAAACUUUAUGCAGUGAAAACAAACUAGAACUAGAAUAAUUCCCUUUUUAAUUCUACAGAUCUUUGGAAGGCAGAAUCUUACUAAUUUUCUUUUUGCCACUCACCGAAUUAUUUCCUGCUUCUGAAAGCCUAAUUUAUCCAUAAUUAUGUGCCAUCUUAGAUUCAUUACACUGUUUUGAUGUUCUCAUGUAAUUUUUUAAAAAAUCUGUCAGACCAAUUUGAUAUGGAUUAACAUCCAGCAUCAGCCAGUACUAUGGCCAGUACUAUGAAGACUUUGGAUUGGCCUGGUGGGACAUCAGUGCCAAGAACCUGGCCUCUGCCCCUGCCACCUGUCUUGGCCUCUUGAACUUCUGAGUAAGCGCGGCUGAAAAAAAUUCAGGGGGAUUAGUAACAAAUGUUUGCAUCUGGGAUUACAGCUGUGGUUUAAUUUUCAUACCAUUGUGCUACAAGGGUAGUUCAGUGUUCUAAUAAAAUGGAAAGGACAGAAUUUUAGAUACGUAAAGAUUCGAUUGUCUCUUUUGGCAACUGUGCAAAUCACUCAAUUACUCAAAAUUUCUUCAGGAAUCACUUGUCUCUGAUAAAUGAUAAUUUCUUAGUUUUGACCUGUUUUGACUUGAGAGAGUGAAUGUGUGUGUGCCAAACGUGUGUGUAUCAAAUUCUGCAACAGGCGUGAUUUUGCGUAUCAGCAUUCAAAUAAAUACUGAAAGAGACAAUUUUGCAGGCUUUUUAUUAACAAAAUGAGUCUGAAGGAAAAUCUGAAGCAGAGAAAAUAAAGAAUUUUAAGGAAUCAGAACUGAAUUCUCAACUAUGGGGCCUUUUCAUUUCAAUGCCUGAAGUUUUCAGAUUUCUUUGUAAAUAGAGUUACAAUGAAUAUUACUGUAUAUAUGCUGAGGAAAGAAGUCUACUGAUGUAAAAAGAACAUUUUAAAGAUUUUUAUUAAAUUAUUUCCUAAGAUACAGAUUUAUCAUCAUUUAAAAAUAAACUCUUCUAGAUUAUUACAGAAUACUGUAUGCCGUUUUAUGUGUACAUAAGAAGUCAGCACCAGAGUGCAGUUAUUAACAGUAUUACUUUCUCAAAAGAUUAGUAUUUUUGUUUGAAAACAAUGUAUGAUUUGUAGAUCUCCUUUUGAAUGAGGGAAAUAUGUCAAAUCAAUAAAC